AUGGGUGAAGCCUUGGUUUAUGAAGAUACUCCUUUCGCCGACUAUCUUUCUGAAAUUGGUAGUAAGGAAGAACUAACCAAACAACCGGAGAUUUACGAAUUAGAAGCUUCACAAAGUGAAGGAAACUCUCAAUCCAGAUUCUCGCACCUCUUACACGAAGUUUUUGAUUAUCUUCAUGAAACGUUGUCAACGGCACUUCCUCUGCAAGAAGAGAACGAGUUUGAAGAACGUUUCAAAUAUCUGCUAUGCACUUCACAUCUCUUAAACGACACCCUAUCGAUAUACUUUUACGAUAGCAGAAAACCAAACCCUAUCGAUAAAAAAGAAGCUGGACUGUAUUUUGGAGGAAUCUCACGGCGUAGUUUUGAGAUCCUGUUGAGUUCAUUGAUCGGACUGACUGUGGAGGCGUUCAUAAGUUAUAGCGAAGCCAUAUUAUUGAUGCAACCAGAAAUCUCAAAAAGUAAUUUAACCAUCAUGUAUAAUAUGUAUAACAUCACUCCCUGUCCGGAAGGUGAUGUAUGGGACGUGGAGGAUGAAAAAGAAAAAUAUACUCUUGAGAACCUGAAGCAAUGUUUUCAGAUGAUGCACGCAAAACGAAGAGAAUGUCUUUGUCACUUUCUUGCAUUGGAUGUAAUGACUCCUGGAAGAGAUUCUCAUCGAAGAGAUUACGAGUAUCAUUGGGCUGCAGUUAAUGGUCAUUUAGAUAGAGCGGGUAUAAUAACUGGAAGUUAUUUGGAUAGAAUUAACGUUGCUUCUGCUAACACUGUGCAAACGCCGAAGCAAGACAUUUUGUUGCAACCAACACCUACGACGAUCACGAACAAAAAACUUAAAGCCUACCUUCAUCGCUUGGCUUCUAUCGAACAGCAUAUUCGUUGUGUCCAGGCGAAAUUGUACAUCUGUAAUGAGGAUGCUCGCAAAUAUUUUGAAAAUGAUGCUGAAGGAAAUAGAGAACAACUGCUGAGUCAAUAUGAAUCAAUAACAAAAGAUUUUACGUACAUGUUCCAAGAAUGGGAAGAUGGAAAGAAAGCACUAAAAGAUAUAAUAGAGCCAUCAUCCGCUGAUUCUGAUAUGAGUUCUAGUCUUCCAUCGCUUGAUGGGGAUACAGAAACCCUAAAUGAUUCGGAUGAGAAUGUUUCCGAAAAAGCGCUUACUAUUGAUUGGUCACAAAUAGAUGAACCUCUGGAUGUACAAGAACAAGUUUUCGUGGCAGAAGUAGAGGCUGAACAAAUAACGAAGGCGAAAGCAAGGGCAGCAAAGGCUGACUCGGAACGGAUGGUGCAUGAAUUAAAGGAUGUGUUGUUGGUACGACGGAGGCCAAAGAGCUUUGAGGAUGAGAUUCUACAGCCUUCGAAGAAUUUUGAGCGAAUACAGAUUCAGGGUGCUCGUGAAGUCGUAACAAACUGA